ACAAUCACAACAUUUCCCUAAACUAAUUAAUUUUUUUAACCAAACAUGUCCUCAAGAUAUCAAAACCCUAAUAAUGGGAACAGAAACUUUCAGCGUUACUGGUGUUAUCAAUGCCAUCUCAUCGUCAGGGUGUCACCGUCGGAGAUCGUCUGUCCCCGUUGUUUCGGUCACUUCCUUUGCGAAAUCAACGAGGCUAACCCUAGACAAAUCUUGGACUUCACUGCAUUUGAUCCUUCUCCAGAAGCUAGAAUUUUUGAAGCUCUAACUCUCAUGCUCGAUCCUAAUUUGUUCAACAACUCUCAAGGCAAUGUGGUCCCUAUUUUCCGACGUUCGGACGGAACUGAAACUGUCGAACCACCACCCGAUUCUCUCAGGACUACAGGUAGACAUCAGAGGACUCGAGACUUCUGGUUUAGACCGAGAAGGAGAUACUCAUUUCUAAACAACGACACGGAUGAAUGGACACCGGAGAGCGGAAUUCUAGCUCGUCCGCGUUCAUGGAUUAUCAUCCGACCAUCCGGAGAACAUUUUCUGGGUGGACCUAACCGCCUACUUGCAGGAGAAAGACAAUUAGGUCCACCCGAAGAUUAUUUUACAGGUCCGGGGCUUGAAAACCUAAUAGAAGAGUUGACUCAAAAUGAUCGGCCGGGUCCUGCACCAACACCCGAGUCGAUCAUUGGUUCUAUUCCGACGGUGGUGAUUGCGCCAGCACAUUUAAGAGAUGAUUCGGAAUGUCCGGUUUGUAAGGAAAAGUUUAAAGUAGGUGGAGCAGCAAAAGAGUUGCCAUGUAAACAUAUAUAUCAUUCAGAUUGCAUUGUCCCUUGGUUAAGGCUUCAUAAUUCUUGCCCGGUUUGCCGGAAUCCAUUACCGGUUUCUGCCGAAGCUCCGAUGGAUACUUCCGAUGAUUGUCUUGAAGAACAAGAAGCAAGCAAUAGACAGCGGCGUUGCUUCAGACUUAGACAAAUGGCAGCUUCUCUUUGGCCAUUUCGUUCGAGGUAUCGUCCUGUGCGUAACCAUGAUGAACCAUCCGUGGCGUCAUGUAAUAUUCUUUAGCGGAUAAAGCUCCGGGGCUAACCUGCACUUGAAAUAAAUUAUUAUUUGCUGAAGAAAAAGGGUACUACUGCGGCAGGCGGGGCGAAGGGAAGAAGAAAUUAAAAGAAAAAAAAUGAAGAAAUUAAGAAAAAGAGAUCCAAGAAUCUGAAAAGAUAAACAGAUCAAGCAUGCACUUUCUUUGUGUUCUUAUAAAUUGUAUGUAUAAAUUUCAUUUUUAUGAAUCAAGCUUCAAAAGUUGAUCCACCUGCAGACUCGUGA